AUGAAGGGCUCAAUCCUCGUGUCCAUUGUUCUUCUUCUCAUUGUUAGCUUGCAAUUGGUCUCAGCUUUUGGUGUUGCCGAUAGCACUGUUGAUAGAGUGAGAAAGACUCUUGUUGAAAAACAGGAACAACUCAAGAAAGUUCAAGAUGGCAUUCAAUAUCAAGAGGUUCUUCUCUCGGGAUCUAAGAAUUAUGGAAAUAAGGAAAGUCCAAUAAUGAUAUCUUAUAAUCAAGAGAAGGAACAACAAAUUUCCGAAUUAAAACAACUUGAAAAGACAAUCAAUUUUGAAGUGGAUUUCUUAAAGAAGAAUUGGGAGGAAAGAGUUGUUAUUGCCUUGUAUCGUAAUUUACUCAAUAGAGCUCCAGAACCAACUGGAUUGGCUCAUUGGGCUAGUGUCUUGAGAGUGAAUGAUGUUAGAAAGACCAUCAAAGCGAUCGCCCAUUCCGAAGAAUACAAGCAAAAGAAUAUGAAUACUCCAACUGAAACUGUCAAGAAUGGUUAUAGAAUUAUCUUGGGCAGAGAAGUUGAAUCAGAUAGUGUAUUGGCUGAACAAGUUAAAAAUGUGGAAAAGUUUGGACCUUUGGCUGUUAUUGUUGCUUUGAUUGAUUCUGAUGAAUAUACUAAGGCAUUUGGAGAUUAUUCAGUGCCUAUUCCUGCUCAAAUUACAAAGAAAUAA